AUGAAAUACACCCAACUCGGCACCAGCGGCCUCCGCGUCUCACGCAUCGGGGUCGGCUGCAUGAGCUACGGCAACCCAGACGGGCGUUACCCCUGGGCCAUCCCCGAAGAAUUUGCCCUCCCGAUCCUCAACCACUGCUACACAUCAGGGAUCAACUUCUUCGACACCGCCAACGCCUACUCCAACGGUCUCUCCGAAGAAAUCCUCGGCAAAGCCAUCCGGCAAUACUCCUGGCGUCGCGAGGCCAUCGUCAUCGCCACCAAAGUCUGGGCCCCUGUUGGCCGCAGCCUCGAACAACCCCUCGCCAUGACCGACGACGAAAAAGACCAAUCCGGCUACAUCAAUCAAUACGGCCUAAGUCGGAAACACAUCUUCGAGAGCGUCGACGCGAGUCUAACCCGCCUGGGCCUUCCUUACGUCGAUCUACUCCAAAUCCACCGCUUCGAUCCCCGAACCCCCGUCAAGGAAACAAUGGAGGCGCUACACGAUGUUGUCAAGUCCGGGAAGGUGCGGUAUAUUGGUGCUUCGUCGAUGUGGACGCAUCAAAUGCUGGAGUAUCAGUAUACGGCGCGGAUGCAUGGGUGGACGGAGUUCAUCUCCAUGCAGAAUUUGUAUAAUGCUGUGUAUCGUGAAGAGGAGAGGGAGAUGUAUCCUGCUUGUCGGAGGUUGGGGAUUGGUGGGAUCCCCUGGAGUCCGGUUUCGAUGGGGUUUUUGACGAGGCCGUGGAGGGCGUUUGGGGAUACGGUGCGGGGGGAGGGGCAGGGGGAGGGGUUUCUGGGACGGGAGUAUACGGGUGCGGAUAGGAGGGUUAAUGAGAGGAUUGAGGAGAUUGCGAGUCAGAGGGGGGUGUCGAUGGCGGUGGUUGCUAUUGCGUGGUGUUUGGCGAAGGAGUUUAUUACGGCGCCGAUUCUGGGGAUGAGUAGGAAGGAGAGGGUCGAUGAGGCGGUUGAGGCGGUUUCGUUGGAGCUUUCGGGUGAGGAGGUGCGGAGUAUUGAUAAUUUGUAUGAGACGAAGAAUGUGAUAGGGCAUGUUUGA